GAAGAGUUAAAAGAAAGAGCGACACAGAGAUUCUCUCUCAGGUGCCGAUUGGAAGCCAAGCCGGCACGCAGCGCACAAUCGGUCUAAUAAAUUCAUACAAAAAUUAACCGUGCGUUAGGGCGGACAUGAAUCGUUACGACUUGAGUACGUUUGGAGUCGAAAAAACACACCAAGAGGUUCUGAAGGAUUUUCCGAAAUGGUUCGUUAACUUUCAGGAUCCAUUUGAGUUAUAUCGUGCCCAACCAAGUUACAUUUGGUGCCAAGCGGCAUUCCUUCUGGGAGCAAUUCUGUGUUUAAUUCAUGCCUUCAAACGAGGCGGUCGUUGGCCGUUUUUGUAUUUUGGUGCCCUCGGUCACGGCUUAGUCGUUGAACUGAUAUCAUACUUUGUGCCGAGCAUCGAUAAUUUUUGGCACUCGAAAACCCCCAUCGAUUUUCUUGGCCAUCGCUUACCACUGUACAUCGUUUUUCUCUAUCCGGUAUUUUACUAUCAAGCUCACUGGGCAGUUUCCAAGUUACAACUGAAAUGCCGCUGGUCGGAACACAUGGCCGCUGGGCUGUUGGUGGUACUGAUUGAUCUGCCGUACGAUAUUGUCAGCGUUAAGUUUGUCCACUGGACCUGGCACGAUACGGACCCUAACAUUGCCGACAGGCAUUACUGGGUGCCCUGGAAUUCGUAUUAUUUUCACGCCAGCUUUGCGUUCGCUUUUUCAUUCUUCUUCCAUAACGUCCGGAAAUGGUUGGACGGCCGUAAGCUGGACCGCUGGCAAGCUGGAUCAUUUAAGGCUGAGCUGGCAGCAGUCGUGGUUGCAGCAUUGCUUUCAUUCCCCGGAGGGGCACUUCUAUUUAUACCACUUUAUCAUCCGUUCCAUGACUUUUACAAUGUACCGGGCGAAGUUACUGCUCUUACACUGCUGUUUGUCUUUAUGGUUACAUUGUGGAAGUUCGACAGGAAAAGUAACCGACGGUUACCGGAGAAAUUAGACACGAUGGGCCGCGCUCUCAUGGCUCAUUUGGUUAUUCAUUACACUGCCUUCUUGGCGAUGGUAGUGUUUCUAAAUCCCGAAAAUGUGGUAGCGGCAGGUUUACACGAACCAAUUGGUGAUUGUCAAGCAAAAACACUCGUUUAUACUGUGCUCAAAACGUUGGAAAAACGAACCUAUUUGUGCGUUGAAGACUACGACGAAAAGUACUUUGAUUUUCACUGCCUCAAUCGACCACCCAAGAACGGUUCCUACUGGUAUACGAUCUGCGGUACUCCCUUCAAAAAUCGAGCUGAAUACGUACUAAUAGCAUUACUGAUUUCGUUUAUUGCGUUAAUGGUCUUCCGAACAAUACAUUUAGAUUACGAUGUGCGAUUCGAUGUUUAUGAUCUUGUUCGUAAGGAAAAAAAGGAUCGUAGUACGAAGGAAAGAAAAAAGCAGCUAUAAGGAUGAAAAACGAGAGUAUCUACGUUGAUAUCGAAAAUGAUUCUGCAUUUAGUUACUAGUGAAAAAGAAAUAACCAACAACCGCGACGAUAAUACACCCAGCGGCUGACAAGACGUACAGCAGUAAGUGGCUGUCUUUGGAAUCUUCCACCUGAACACGUUUCCUUUCGCGAUAUUUUUUGCGACCAAACUUUUUCUCAUACUCCUCUAGGGCGCGCUGAUUUUCCGCCUCCUGUUGUUGCUUACGGUGUAGCUCCAGUUCCGCCAGUUCUCGAUUUUUGAUUUCCUUUAAUUGGGCACAACUCUCGUCGC